GGUUUCCAAGGAGCGCUUGUAGGUUUGUCUUUCCAUCUGUUUUUCUUUUUUCCUUGUAAUUUAUUUGUUGAAGGAACUGGGUCAUUCAUUCUGUAGGGCUUUUCAUAAUCAGGAUAUUGGUGAUUAUUAUAUCCCCAAGGUGUCUUUAACAUAUUUCUUUGCCCUCUAUACUUCUUGCAAAUUGAUAGUUGGAGCCAGAGGCUUGAUCAGAUUCAGAUUUGAUUUUUUUGGCAAGAAUACUUCAUAGCUCAUGUAGUGUUUCUCCAUCAGGGGAUACAUUAUGUCCGGUUGUCUCUUUGUUAUGUUAGUAGCAAAUAGUGAUAUUAAAAUUCCUCAUUUCUUUCUUCAUUGCUCCUUUGUCUUUUUUUCUUCGCCAUCAGUGUUUAAGCACGUCCCUUCAUUUGGUUGAGAAAAACAAGAACCAGAAAAACUGUGUUCUAACAUUUCCGCCUACAUCUCCCUUUCGCCACUCUUUCACAGCCACACUUCUUAACAUAUAUGUUUAUGGUACCAUCUCUACUUCAUCUCCUUAUACGCAUCAUCCCAUUUAGAUCUGGUUCCUGCAUGUUAAACCAUGUCCCUGCCAUUUUAUUGAAACCGAUCUCAUCAACCAUGCUGAAAGCAGAGGAUCCUUUUCAGGCCUUAUUUUGUUAGUUGGGCAACCUUUGGAAACUGUUGAUUGCCUCUCCUUUUUGAAAUACUCCCUUGGCUUCUGUAAUGUUCUCUUUCCUUUUUUUGCAUUUACCUCUUUAACUGCAUCCUCUUGGCCUCAGUUGUGGACUCUUCUGCUCCCUGUCAUUUAAGUGUUGAUGUUUCUCUGUGUGGCUCUUGCCUAGGCCCUCAGCUCAUCUUGCUCUACACAUUCUCCAUGGGUCGUCUCAUUCAUUGCCGUGACCUCACUUAACCAUCUCUAAGCCAAUACCUUCCAAACCUCUUUUUUCUAAGUUGGUUCUCUUCAGAGCUGACUUGUUUGAAAAAUUCCUACUGGAAAUCUUACAGACACCUUGGAGUCAAUAUAUCUAAAACGGAAUUAAUCGUACUUUUCCUCAUCCCUUCACACAUAGGAGUUUUCCUAUUCAACUUAAUUCUAAGCCAAAAAUCCAAUCUGCGGGAGAAGGAUCUGGCAGUCUGCUUCUAUAAAGAUUUACAGCCUUGGAAACCCUGCGGGGCAGUUCUGCUUUGUCCUAUAGGGUUGCUAUGAGUGGGAAUUGACUCGAUGGCAACUUUUUUUUAAAAUACUUCCUGGAAUCUAGUGGAAAUUCUAGCCAGCUGUUUUUUGCAGUGUGAUAAGAGAUACUAAACUUUUAUUUAUUUUUUUAAUAGGAGAUUUAAAGAAUGAUUCUUUAAGAGAUAAUUAUUUAUCUCAUUUUUACCUACAUUUACUGUCAUUCAGUUGAUGACAAUACCUUUUAGAUAUUGUAUAGAAAUUGAUUUUAUGUGGUUCAAAUUAUAAAAAGCUCUGAAAUGCUGUUAAAUAAUAUUAUCAAAAAACUAGGUCAGAGAACAAGAUUACUGUGUGAGCACAGAAAAUCUGGAGUAGUCCAUUCAGUUUCUUGUUUUUAAAACACAUGCUUCUAAGGGACACAAAAUAAAUUAAAAUAAUAUUAAAUUGGUUUCUUGAUUAAGUGUAUUGGUUAAGAGAGCAUGAGAUUAAGUAGAUAUUUGCAUUACAAAUAAUACCAGCUAUUUAAGGUUAUUGGUGGCUGACAUUCAACCCUGAAGCUUACUUCAGUUAUAGUUGUCACUGUUUGAUUUGUGUACAGUUUAUGAAAUCCUUAUCUGUUUUCCUUUUUUCAGGUUGUACUUUUUUUGUAAAUUAGAAAAUUUGAUUUCUGUCUCUGUGGAAGAUUUACAGUCUUCUAGAGAAGAUACGUUAACUGAAGUGUAAUGAAGUUGGUAUCAGUGUAUCUGGCAUGUGACAUGGUUGGGAGUGGGUAGACAUUAAAUUUAAAAGUAAUGCUGUUUGGCUCAGUAAACUAUUAAAAAAUUAAAUAAAAUACUGUGUAUUUUCACAUUAAUUGAUUUUCAAAAUGGAUUGAAAAUGUUAUCUAAUAUUUGUAUUAGCAUCACAGUAAACCUCAUCCUUGAAAGUGUGUACUAUAAAUAAUAAUUUUGAAAUAAUUUAAAUUUUAAGUGAAAUAAUCUUUUUUUUCUCCCCCCUUAGGUGGAAUGAACCUUACUUGUUGAAUAUCUCCUGGUUACUGGUUGGAUUCACUUGUAAAAGGAUCAUUUUCCCCUGCGUGGAAGCCACUUGGUGGCAUAUUUAAUUAUAAAUCCAGGGAUCUCAAAGCUUUUUGAUUUCCCAAAGGAGGGAUAUACCACUGUAUCAAAUAAGCGUGACAUUACAGCCAAAAUGGUGCUGUCCCAGAGACAACGAGAUGAACUAAAUCGAGCUAUAGCAGAUUAUCUUCGUUCAAAUGGCUAUGAAGAGGCAUAUUCCGUUUUUAAGAAGGAAGCUGAAUUAGAUAUGAAUGAAGAAUUAGAUAAGAAAUAUGCUGGUCUUUUGGAAAAAAAAUGGACAUCUGUUAUUAGAUUACAAAAAAAGGUUAUGGAAUUAGAAUCAAAGUUAAAUGAAGCAAAAGAAGAAUUUACGUCAGGUGGACCACUUGGUCAGAAACGAGACCCAAAAGAAUGGAUUCCCCGUCCGCCAGAAAAAUAUGCAUUGAGUGGCCAUAGGAGUCCAGUCACUCGAGUCAUUUUCCAUCCUGUGUUCAGUGUUAUGGUCUCUGCUUCAGAAGAUGCUACAAUUAAGGUGUGGGAUUAUGAGACUGGAGAUUUUGAACGAACUCUUAAGGGGCAUACAGACUCUGUACAGGAUAUUUCAUUUGACCACAGUGGCAAGCUUCUGGCUUCCUGUUCUGCAGAUAUGACCAUUAAACUAUGGGAUUUUCAGGGCUUUGAAUGCAUCAGAACCAUGCACGGCCAUGACCACAAUGUUUCUUCAGUAGCCAUCAUGCCCAAUGGAGAUCAUAUAGUGUCUGCCUCAAGGGAUAAAACUAUAAAAAUGUGGGAAGUGCAAACUGGCUACUGCGUGAAGACAUUCACAGGACACAGAGAAUGGGUACGUAUGGUGCGACCAAAUCAGGACGGCACCCUGAUAGCCAGCUGUUCCAAUGACCAGACGGUGCGCGUAUGGGUGGUAGCAACAAAGGAGUGCAAGGCCGAGCUCCGAGAACACGAGCAUGUGGUAGAAUGCAUUUCCUGGGCUCCAGAAAGCUCAUAUUCUACUAUCUCUGAAGCAACAGGAUCUGAGACUAAGAAAAGUGGCAAGCCUGGGCCGUUCUUGCUGUCUGGGUCCAGAGACAAGACCAUUAAGAUGUGGGAUGUCAGCACUGGCAUGUGCCUUAUGACCCUUGUGGGUCAUGAUAACUGGGUACGUGGAGUUCUGUUCCAUUCUGGGGGAAAGUUUAUUUUGAGUUGUGCUGAUGACAAGACCCUACGUGUAUGGGAUUACAAGAACAAGCGAUGCAUGAAGACCCUCAAUGCGCACGAACACUUUGUUACCUCCUUGGAUUUCCAUAAGACGGCACCGUAUGUGGUUACUGGCAGUGUAGAUCAGACAGUAAAGGUGUGGGAGUGCCGUUGAUUGAUUCUCAUUUGGCCCCUCCUCCCUUUUUCCUCUGGAUGCACUCUGAUGAUACCAUGGUUACCCCCAUUGAGCUCUGUUUAAAUAAAUAUUGUCCUUUCAUGUAAAUUAUUCUGGAUGUAGAUUGAGCUUAUUAAAUGUUACACACAAAGUAUUCAUGCAUGGUGAAUCCAAAUUGUAUACUGUAAAUUUACAUACGUUGUCUAGAAGUACCAUAGGGUUUAAAAACCUGGGCUGGCAUUGGUCACACCAGGCCUGAGAAGGCAGAAGUUGAAUAAAUUGAACUAGGGCACUAAACUGAAUAGUUGACAGUGUCAUUUUAUGUUGGAUUAUUAAUUCCUGUUUUUCUUUCUGCUGUCUGUUGGUGCCUGACUUGAUGGCCUCAUUUGGGGGAAGUGGUGGUUUUUAGGGCUUUUUCUGAAAUGUGUAUCUAUGUAACAUCACUUAAGUGUGCUUAAUAAAUCUUCUUUAAGGAUGUUAGAUAAUAAGGCUACAAUUCAGAAUCUUCUAAACCAUCUGUGUAAUUAAUGAAGAUUACACAUUGGUAUUUUUGUCAUGAUUCAUUUGCCAAAUCAAUAGGAUUUGUUUUGGCAGCCUAGCAAGCAAAGGCUAGUGGUAUAUUCAUGUAAGAAAAUGACUGUAAGACUCAAAUAAGAAAAAUCUCAGCAUCUAAUAUCAAGUCAUUUCUUUCAUUUGGGUCCUGAUGUUUUGUAAACAGGUUUAAAAAAAACACUGUAAUACUCUUAGGCUUUUAUUUCCCACACUUAGACGUACUUGCACUUGUAGUCUCCAUGCUGUUAGACUGUUCAGUGAGAUGACUUCCAAGUAGAACUUAAUCUCCCCAUUUUGUGUGUCAUGGUACAAAUCACUAUUUGUUUUUGAUGUUUUUUAGGGAUGUGCAAUGUGCAUUACAUAAUGACAGAAAUACUGAAAAGGUUGUGUUUGCCCAUUUUUAGGGAGUGGAAGAAAUACAGCAGUUUGUUUUUCAACAUGAAUCUGAUAUCAGUUUGAAUUGUGUAUACCUUACAAGUUUAAAAAAAUUACAGGGUUUAUGGAAUGUGCAUAAGAUGUACUGUGUUUUCACCUUUCGUUUAUCUAUAAUGUUAUAAGUAUAUGGGCCUAUCUGUAAAUGGGUAAGUCUGUAUAUGUAUAUCACAUACAUACAACCUUCCUGUACUUGGGUCCUAGGUUUUUUAAGAAGUGCUAAAACGUAUAAUUAGAAUAAAUCUUGCUAUGGAAUACCAUGCUUUAGAACAAACCCUUUUUGAUCCUAAUGCUUCUGAUUUUCCCAGCUGAUGGAAAAUCACUUUAGGUUUUUUUCCCCCUAAUUUGGCCAUUCAGCAUUUUACACAUCCCUGAUAUAUUGUAUAUUUUGAUCCAAAGUUACUACAAGUAGGUUUGAGAAUUUUUACCCAUGACUUUUGGAACAAUAUUCCAUUGAAGAUUCUUAAUAAAGAACUCCAUUGCUUAGCUAACCAACAUUUUUUUUUAAGUCAUUUGAAAAAUUAACAGAACAAUGAAAUAACAAUGAUAGUUUAACAAAGAUGAAUUUAUUCUGAAUUGCAUUUUAUUCGUUUGUGUAAUGCGUGAUUUUUAAAAUGUCCCGUUGAGUAUUUAAUGGAAAUUUGGCUCCUGAAAAAGACAAAGGGUGAGAGUUAACGUCCUGUAGGUACACACGGAGAACAGGCCAUGCAUUUACUAGAAGCAGCUUAAUGUCCAGCUUGUGUUUCUUUCCUUCUUUCUUUUUUUAAAAUAAUUUCCUGAGAGACCUCUCUGGAAGAGAAAGUGUUUUGAGAACUAAUGGCUAUAUUUAAGGACAAUACAUUACAAUUUAAGCUAAUUCCUUAAAUACAGUAGAAUAACUUUCAGGACAAUUUUGCCUCACAACCCUGCUUACAUUGAAGAAUCUCCCCUCACCCCCCUUAGCUGUUCUGACUGGAUUUUUCUACAAAAGCUAUGGAAAAUAUCUUUGUUCUCAUUUGCUGCUAUUUCCUGUCCUAUCUUGAGAAAUAUAAAUACAUAGAAAUGGUGCAUCUUAACAUUUGUACAUGUAUAAAUGUCUUGUAUUUUAAUUCGUUUUUAGCAUGUAGUAACACGAAUUGUUUUAAAGGGUAAGCCACAACAUCUAGAAAUCAUUCAUAGAGAUGAACAAUAAAGGAAAAAAUGGUACCGAUUUAGGAGGAAACAAAGCUGCUUGUCCGCUGAGUUUCUUCCCCUGCAGCCUGCGGUGACUUUUGUUGACAAAGGAGGAGAAACAAUAUUACUCUAUAAGCAAAGUUAUCCUUACUUGGGAGAUUGCCACAGCCUGCUGCUUAGUUGAGUUACCAGACAUCCUCCAUUUAAGAAGCAGCGAACAUAGAAUCUCAGGGAUGGUCCUCAACUGGAUCCAAAUGUAACGAGCCCUGUUUGACUAAUGAAGGAGGGUGGGGGAGAGCGAUCCAUCCACAGUCCGGAAUCAGAUUUGCAAAGGUUUCCUGUACUGUUGUUUGACACUGCCCUGUUGAUGCCCUUUCUUACUGUUUUCUCCGUUUUCUCUGUCUGCUGUCUAACCCUGUGCCUUGCCUGGGAUAAGUACAAUGAUGAGGUUACUGGUUUGGAUUGUAAGUAGAGGAAUUUAUUAAUUUGUUGAGAGGUUCACUGCUGCUUUGUCACUUUCUUAAUCAAAUUGGCCAUCUAUUUAAGAAAUAAAAAGCUAGUAGAACUGCAUCCUCAGAUGAUUAUUGACUUUUGUAUGUGUGUAAAGACAAGAACAGACAUUCCAGUGCCACCCUAAUAUAUCGUGCCCAACAAGUCCUAGCUGCACUCUGGAAAGUGCAAGCCGCGUAAGCUGUGGUUGAGACAUCGUGUGGAGAAUAGUUGCUGUUUCACAUGGCAUCUUGCACUUUAGGAGGCUAAGACCGUCCUGUUGUGUCUGUGUGGUGUGACCAAUGGUGUGCCCAGAGCACUACGCUAAAAAUCACUAGUGUUAGCAAGUCGUCCCGGGCUGUGGAGUGCUCGCUGUAGUCUUUUGGAAGCUUUGGCUUUAGAUUCACCAAGCCCAGUCUCCUUCCUGUCUGUGCCCUGCUCUCCUGUCCGCCUCUUUCUGUUUCUAUGUGAACUUCCAGGUAAUAUCACUCACUAAAUAGUUUUUUUUGAAAACUUUAAAAAACAAACUAAAAGUAAAGGAUGUUUUGUUGACAGUGGUGGCUUGAUAAUCCUUAAGCAACUGAAGUUUAAAAAAAAAAAAAAAACUGAAGGAAAAG